AAACGACAGCCAAUCAACCUUUCGCUUCCUUUCUCCGGAUAAGUAGGCAUACACCUGACGAUAUUACCACUCUUACUACUUUCAGAAUGUUUUGCGAACGGUGAGGUUAAGAUGUCAAAUGCGCAGGAAAUUUGUUGUAAAAAUCAUGGCAUCUGAGGAAGUAAAUCGUAGCACAAUGAUAACUUCUUCUGAAGAGACUGGUCAAUCUGUUACUAGUACAUCGCAAACUGCAGGCAAUAGUAGAGAUGUAAAUUCAACAAGGCCACAUGAACAGGGAAGUCGACAAAGCAAUCUUCAACGAAUACAACAACGCAAGCAGCAAAUGUUUAAUUGGCCACAACUUAAGAAACUAAUGAAGCUCUCCACCUAUAGUGCUUGCCAAGCAACUGAGUGCAAGUGUACCGGCUGGAAAAAUGCACAACCUAUUGUGAAGUCACAAAAAGGCGAUAUACAACAACCUGUUAUAAAUUUUUUAGAUCCAUGUAAAACUUGUACUCAUCCUUUAGAAAAUCAUAUUACUCACCUGAAAACACAAUCUGAGGAAGAACUCAAUAAAUUGUUGAGUAUGGCUAUUGAUGCUGAUAAUCUUUUUAUGGGUAUACACAGAGAGGAAGAUCCUGAUACUAAGAAGAUAUAUUAUUAUAUGUAUACAUUGUUGAGGAAGUGUAUCUUGUCUAUGACAAAACCAACUAUAGAAGGCCCAUUAGGACAGCCGCCGUUUGAGAGACCUAGUAUAGCGAAAGCAGUAAUGAAUUUUGUUCUGUAUAAAUUCAGUCACUUGUCUCAGAGAGAAUUGCAUGCUAUGUGCGAAAUGGCAAAGAUGUUUUUGCACUGUCUGAAUCACUGGAAUUUCGAAGCACCUAGUACCAGAAGGACCAUUAGUGUGGAAGAAGCGCCAGCUUAUAAAAUUAAUUAUACUCGGUGGCUUAUUUUCUGUCAUGUACCUGCAUUAUGUGACUCCUUUCAGCAUCACGAUACUCCUAUAGCCUUUGGCAAAACUCUAAUGCAAGCUGUGUUUAGAUCAGUUUGUAGCCAAUUGAUUGACAAGUGCCACAGUGAAAGAGACAAGAUAACACCAGAGAAACGAGUUCUAGUCUUGACGCAUUUUCCCAAGUUUCUCUCAAUGUUGGAAGUAGAAGUUUAUUCUGACAAUUCACCUAUCUGGGAUCCUGAAUUUAAACAACAACCAUCUUCUCAUUUGCAAGCUGCUUUGGAAUUAAAGGGCCAUCAAGCAAGGAAAACAGGGGAAUUCGAGAAGGUCACUGUCACGUUGAAUGAAAAAGAUAAUUACACAACGAUAAAUAUCAGUCCUGGGGUGAGAAAGCUUCACGAAAAGCGUUACCAUUCUGAGACAGGACGUUCCGAUGUGAAGAGACGAAAAAUCGAAGAGGCUUUCGAGGAUCUGCCGGACGAAACUGUCGCACAAAUCGUUGCGACCAUCAACGAUCCCAAUUACAUGUGCGGUCCUGAUAUGGUAUUCACACCGGAUGUUCCACGCGAUGAAACGGCUAAAAUUGAAGAGAGCAGGAAGAUUAUAGAGUUUCACGUUGUCGGCAAUAGUCUCACACAACCUGUGUCUAAGCAAACAAUGCUUUGGCUGAUAGGAUUACACAAUAUAUUCAGUCGUCAAUUAGUUAGAAUGCCCAAACAUUAUAUAUCACAAUUUGUUUUCGACCCGAAACACAAGACGUUGGCUCUGAUAAAAGGUGGUCGGCCAAUUGGCGGCAUUUGUUUUCGCAUGUUUCCAACUCAGGGAUUCACCGAGAUAGUUUUUUGUGCAGUCACGAGCCAAGAGCAGGUGAAAGGCUACGGGACUCAUUUGAUGAACAUGCUGAAAGAUUAUCAUAUCAAGAACAACAUACUGCAUUUCUUAACGUUUGCGGAUAAAUUUGCUAUCGGAUACUUUAAGAAACAAGGAUUCAGCAAAGAUAUCAAGCUACCGAAGUCAGUUUAUAACGGAUACAUCAAAUAUUAUGUGAGCGCGAUGUUGAUGCAUUGCGAGCUGAACGCGAAGAUUGUAUACACCGAAUUCACAUCGGUCAUCAGGAAGCAGAAGGAAAUCGUUAAGACGUUGAUUCAUCAGAAGCAACAGGAGAUCCCGAAGGUGCACCCGGGCUUGACAUGUUUUAAGGAGGGUGUGAAAGGUAUUCCCAUCGAAUCUAUCCCAGGUAUUCACGAAACUGGUUGGAAAAGUUCUACCCAAACAAGAACGCGAGGUGUAGCCAAGGGAACGCAGGGUUCAGAGCCAAUGGAUCCUAGUCUUGAUAUGGCGGAUUCUUUGUAUAAUUCGUUAAACGGCGUCCUCAACAGCGUCAAAAAGCACAGUACAGCUUGGCCCUUCCUGAAACCUGUUGACAAGAAUGAUGUACCAGAUUAUUAUGAUCACAUAAAGUAUCCCAUGGAUCUCAAAACAAUGUACGAUCGUCUAAAUGCGAAAUAUUAUGUAACGAAGAAACUAUUUAUAGCAGACAUGAUACGCAUCUUCACAAACUGUAGGUUGUACAACAGCCCUGAAACUGAGUAUUAUCGUUGUGCCAAUGCCUUGGAGAAAUACUUUCAAACGCGUAUGAAAGAAGCCGGUCUCUGGGAUAAGUAGGACUCUCGUAAACAUUUUGCGAUAAAAUAAUGUUGGCAAUCGACACUUCCUAAUUUAUUCUCAUUACUUGAAGUCUAUUUUACAAAGAACGUUCGUGCAUACCGACACAUAAUGCUGCUUUCUGUGCAGUAUUUGUACAAAAGAUGAAAUAGCUACCUAUUUGCGCGGAAGUGCACGUCGGAAUCAUUAAAAACGAGAAGGGAAUAUUAGAAAUAUUUAUUUUCAUUUUUCCACAGGUUUCAUAGGUGCGUACAAUGUUUGUAAAUUUCCGCACAUAAUCCAAGAAAAACAUAUUUUGAAGUAAUUUUUUGAAGUUGUUGAACAAUUACGCAAUCUUAUUGAAUGUGUUUAGCAAAAAAAGCAGCACUCUGUACUAUAAUGCCAGCUGUUUUGCAACUGCAGUAAGAUUUUCUUCUAAACAAUACUAGUGGUUUAUGCUUUUUCAAGAUAUUUACCAAAUGCGAUCGUCAUUUUUUUCUAUUGCUUUCUUCAUUUAUUUAUUCUGACAUGCACCUCUUGUUAAUUAGAAAGAAAUGUAUGUAUGUAUGUAUGUACAUAUGAAUACAUAUGUAUAUAAGUGUAUAUAACUGCAAAGUGGUGGGUGUCGCUUGGCUAAUUUCAAUCGGGUAUUUUAUAUAACAUGACUUGCAAAUGCAAUUGUUUGUACGUGGUAUUUUUACUACCAGCACAGUGUUGUUAAAAAUGUGAAUGAUUUUAUGCUGAAACCUCAGAGUGGACUGGGUAUUUAAUUUCACAGUUUAAUUAAUUGAUCAGUUAACUUGGGAGUGCAAUAUUGCGAUUGUAAGGACGCGCACUCUAGUAAAUAACGAAAUUUACAAAACAACUCAUUGUAAUGUAUGCUGGUUUGUAAAAUAUCAUUAAUAAAAUAAAGCUUGUUACCUGCAAGUGAUGCAAAUGAAAUAAAACUAAUGAUU